AAAGAGUUCCUUUUCUCUUCUUGAAUAUAAGCCAUUUAACAAUGUGAGACAUGUCUUUUGUGGUUAUUUGUAAUAUCCUGUAUGUGUCUGGAGCACUUUGAUGCCUUGGAUUGGAAGCUAACUUUAAAGAUGAACUUUUGAGGGUGUGUUUUCUAUUGUGUGGGGCUUUUGUCGAAAUUAGGAUUCCGAAACACGUUUUUCUACGGUGGGUUCAUUCGACAGCGAUUUACUUUCUUAGAAGUUGCGAGACGGUAUGUUUUUGAUUGCAAUUAUUGGAAGAUGACAGAUCCAUCUUUAAAAUGAUACCAGGUGCGGAAAAAUUGAUACGUCGAAAAGGCAAGAAAAAUGCUGUGAAAGUUGUCCGUUUUAUAAUGGGACCCUAUGGGAAUCGGAAUUAGUGUAAUAUAACCUUAUAGCGGAAUUGUCCGAGGAGUCCCGAUUGGACUUUUAGCCACACAGAGAUAAACUUUAGGGCGUAGAAGGAAGUAGGACAGUGAUAGUGUUUUAUUGUUUUAUUUGGAUAUCAGUUGGUGUUCAUAUAUACAAUUUGGCAACGUAAUAAAGCAAGAAAAUAUAAUUGUCUAUAAUUUCAUUUUUUAUGUAAAAGAUAUUGAAAGUAUAUAUUAAACUUAGAAACAGUGGUUUUCAAAUCGAAAGUAGAAACAGGUUCAAACACAAUUUCACAAUGGCUUCUAAAAGAUUUGUGGAUUCAAACCGAGACAAUGCAGGCGACUUUAUUGGAGAAAGUGCUGUGACACAAUCAUGCGAGCCCUGUAUAAAAUCGAACAUAUCAAAAACUGCUACGGUUGUCUGCAAGGAUUGUGAUGAGUUCUUGUGUGAUGCGUGCACAAAUCCGCAUAGGGUAUAUAAGCCUGGUCAGCAUAAUAUUGUCAAUGUACAGGACCAUAAAUCUGCGCCCGUAAUACUCGACAUGAAAGGAAUGGACAAGUGCCAUGAGCAUGGACGAGAAAUAGAGUUUUUCUGCCAGGAUCAUUCUAAGCUUUGUUGCCUUUCAUGCGUUCUUAUUCACCGGAAAUGUGACAAAUUGGAUGAAAUAGCCAAAGUAUCCAGACAAACACGAUCCGACCUGCAAGCAUUAAAACAAUCAUUGAUAAAAAUGCAAUCCGAGGCUGACGCUAUUAUAGCGGAUUGUAAGCAGUCGGAAACUGGCUUAAAUGAGUCCAUUGCAAAGAUUUCUGCAGAGGUGGAUACAAUGAAAGAUCGUAUCAUACAACUAUUUGAAGAAGCAAAGCAGAAAUUAAUAAGUGAGGCAAUACAGUUUAAAACUGCAAAAGUUAAACGAAUUAAGAAUAAAUUCGACGCCUCGCUCAAAGUUAAGGAAGAACUAAACAAUGUAUUGUCGAUGUGUUGUGUCGUUUUAGAACGCGGAACGCCCAGUCAACAGUAUAUUUAUUCAGAACAAAUGAAGGAGAAACGGAAAACUAUCGAAUCAACUAUAGAUGAACAAAGACAGAUUACAUUCUCAUCAACAAUUACAGUGUCUUUUCCAAAACAGGUUACUUCACUUCUUGAGAUGGGAAGCAAUUCUAUAAAACUGAAUUAUGAUGGCAACAAAACAGUGGACACCAGUAGCAUCAGCUUGUCCCCACCAAGGCCUGUCACCCUGGAGUUGCUUGUAUCCGUGGAUCUACCCAAGACUGAAGAUGAUGAAAAGAACCCUUACGGUUACCUCACUGGAUUGGACUUCCUGCCGGACGGGAGACUGGUAGCUGUGGAUUGUUGGAAUAAGAAAUGUUUCAUACUGAAUGAGCGACUGCAGAGACUUGGAACACCGUACAAGUUCAAGAGUAACCCACGUGGCGUAGUAUGUGUGUCUCAUGAUACACUGUGUGUAACGAGUGGUGGUUAUAAAGUAGUAUGUCUCCUGUCUGUGAGUACAGACAAUACCAUCACACUGACCAGGGAGAUCAAAACAUCAUCCAAGUUCGACUCUAUAUGCUGCAUGUCUCCAUCUAACAUGGUCGUGAGUACGUACGAUGAUCCCCGUCCUGUGAGAAUGAUAUCAGUGGACGGGGUAGAGUCAGACUUUGAUCACUCCCUGACGUUUCCUAUGAAGACGUACAAAAUAGCUGAGAGUAGAUGCACGUAUGUCCAGUCUAAGAACACGUUAGUACUGACUGACCAACUCGCUCACACAGUGUACGUGUACGACACCGUGAAUGGCACAUCUAGAGCAGUCACUAAUGAGAACAUACAGGAGCCUCGUGGUGCCUGUGUAGGGCCUGGUGAUACGGUGCUGGUGUGUAGUAUGGAUAAGAACUCCAUCGUGCACCUGAGUGUUGAUGGAAACAUUAUCGGUACCUACCCAGUGGAUAUGAAGAAACCGACCAGCAUAGGUUUGUCUAAGAACGGCACUAGGUUGGCGGUUUCUAACAGUGUUUAUGGCAAAAGGAAACUUCAUUUGUAUAAGAUAUCACCGGCAAUGCAUUAGAUGACUAGUAAGACGUGAUCCAUGUGAUCAUGCAAUGAUCUACCAUCAUAUAUAUUAUAAAUGCUCGGGUAUGGUGAUGUUUAAAUCAAUACGGUAUACGUUUUGACUGAUGAAAACUAAAUAGUGUUGUUAUUCUUUUUUUUGCACCAGAAUUUAAAACUGCCUAUGUAUUGUGAAUUUAACAUUAUUUAACAUUAGUUUUGAAACACUUAAAAUAACGUAAUUUUUGACAACAUAUGUCAAUAACUUUAAAUAUACCGCGGAUGUAAUACUAUUUUAAUUCCCAUUAAAUGCAACGUACCUGAUGUGUUUUAAGAUAUACAUUAUACGGUAUACUCAUGAUCGCGUUGAAAUGUUACAUAUAGUUUUGUUGUGUCACCAUGCUCUUUAAAAAGGCGCGGUUGAUGUUCGUCAAUAUAUAUAAAUUUUCGGCCUAUCAUUUAUACAUAGUUUGUAUACUUUAAUUAUGUAGCGGGAAAAAAACAACAUAAUAUUUGUCGUCGGAAAUACAAUAACCGUUGCAUGUUGGGCAUUGCACUGUAUAUUGUAAUUGUCUACAUUAGCGGAUAAAAUAAAUUACAACAAACGUAUAAACAAAACCUAUAGUACUGAACAGAACUAUGCAGGGGUUUUUCUAGCCAUUUUGGGAAAAAGAGUCUGGUCAAAUUGGAUUUUUUUUAAUCAAUUAAAUUGCAAAUUUGGGGCUUUUUAUCUUCAAAAUGGACCAUAUUGGGAUUUUUUUUAUCAUUUUAUCAACAAAUAUUUUCACAUCAGGACUAAAUCAUAUAGUUAUAUACUUUAUAAGAUGUUUAUGAAAUAACAUUGUAUUGAAAUAUAAUAAUUAUUAGACUCUUCUUUCUAAAAAAAAUAUUUUUUUUGGAAAUUGGGGAAAACAACAAUUUUGGUUUGGAAUCGGGUCAGUUUGCUUUGAUAUCCGACUUUUUUUAUAUAGAAGCAAAUACCCUGCUAUGCAAAUGUUUUGUUACCGUCACAAUAAAAUGUAAGUCAUUUAAAAUAAUGUUUUUUAGCCUUCACAAGUGCUACUCAUCAGUGAUUUUGUUCGCUUUAUAUUUUACAGCCCGUGCCUUUUCAAUUGGGAAAAAGCGAGAUAGACAAUGAAAUUCGGAAAAAAUAUAAACAUUAUUUAUAUAAUUAUUAAUUACAGUUUACCAAUUAUUUAUAAGUACAUGUUUGACUGCUUUCUAAAUUUAUUUUAUGAAGUGAUAGGGAAUUAAAUUGCGGUAUAAUAAACUCAAUAAUUGGUUUAUUGGAAAAGUUUGGCAUAUUUUGGGGAAAUUAAGUUCAGAUUUUGGGGGGGGG